UCCUGUUCUCUGUUCUCUCUUCUCCGUCUCGCGCUGCGCCUCGCGUCCUGUCCUGUUCCCGUCCGCCACGUCUCUCCUCUCAUCCUCUCAUCCGCUCUCCUCGCCUGCGCGCUGAUCCUCAUCCAUCGACCGCGACUCAAAGGGCGACGACGAGCGCAAGCACAGCAUGACGGGUACCGGCGACAGCGGCGGCGAGCACUACUCGCACUACUCGCGGCAGGUCCGCGAGCUCUGCGCUUUGCUGCUCACCAUCGUCUACCCCACGGCACCGGGGCGGGGGGCGUCGUCGGUGUCGAUGUCGAUGUCGCCGGCCGCGGCGGCGUCCAUGCUCCUGGGCGCGUCGGUGGCGCUCAUGCUCUGCGGCUCCGUCACCUUCGCCAUCGGCUUCUUCCUCAUGCCAUGGGUCGCCGGCCUCGCGCUCCUCUUCGGCUUCGCCGGCGCCGUCAACACCCUCUCCUCGGGGCUCUUCCUCUGCACCAACACCAAGCAGCCCCCGGCCGCUGCCGCCGCCGCGGUCCCUUGCAAGCACCCGCGGGGACGGAUCAUCGGGCCCCCGACCACAACCCCAGUGAUGCGCUCCGACGCGCUCGUCGCCUAGCUUCCUUUCCUCCGGGCCGGCGUCCCUAGAUUUUUUGCUUUGAUUUCUCUUCGUGGAUCGCUACUAGGAUUCCCUGUAAAAAACGCACCCUUUUUCUGUACUACGCUGAGCAGUAUGAUCCAGAGGAGGCGUUGUUGCUUGGCUGGUUAAUGGGAGGAACCGAACCUCGAAAGAAAUUAAUUAAGUGAUUGUUUAGCCUCAUGUUGGCAAUUUCGUUCUGAUUCGCCUAAAUAAUUGUUUUAAAAUUC